CACUCGCGCUCACGGUGGAAUAGUGCAGGAUUCAGGUGCUCAAUACAGUGCCAAGUAAAGUAUCACCCGUGAAGCCUGGAACAUCCGGUGCAACUUGACGUCAUUAGGUGAGGUGACAGGGUGUGUUCUGUUGGCCAGCUAACUGAACCAGCAACCAUGGCGAUGAAAUCGAAAAUCGGAGCUAGCGGUGUGGAGGCGAUUUGGAGAGGACUGGGCGCUGCUGCUGCUGCUGGUGCGAGCUCCGCUGCGGCUGGCUACAUUGCCUCUGAUUGACACAGUUGAGGGGUGGGGACGCAGGGUGGGGUCAGAACUAGGGAGAGGCGGAGGAGAGACGGAGAGAUCGAGCCCAACCCCUGAACACGGCAACAACACACCGACAGAGGCUGGGGAAGCGAAAGAGAAUUUUCGACGCCGGAGAUAUGCGUUAAAUCAGUAGUCGAGGGAGCAGUUAAUGUUUCAUGUUUCAAAUUAAUCCUAAAGGUAGAAAACUGCAAGCAGGAAUACUAUUAUUCAAAUACACCCCGCCCGACCGACCCCCCUACUCCACCCCUUCGCCCGCUUAGCCACCGAGAUGCACACGGAGGCUCGUAACACGAAAUGCGAGUCGAGUCCCAAGAAGUCCAUCAGCGCUGCCAGUUCUGAGUCUGAGUCUGCCUCCACAGACGAGAUGCCCUCCAUCCACAUCAAACCAGAGCCAGAGGAGGUGGAGUGCUCGCCAGCUGAAGAGGCAGAAGAUUCCCCUCAGGCCCUGGACCUCAAGUGCAAAGCCUCCCCACCCCCCCUCUGCGCCAUCGACACACACCCCUCCUCCCCCGCCAACGACCACAACACACAUCACCACGACAACAACAGCAACCACCACGACCAUGACCAUGACAGCCCCCAGACCGAGCCCGUCGACCUCUCCCUCAACAAGCCCCGGCCCUCGCUCGCCAAGCAGCCCACCUCCACCAUCCUCUCGUCCAAUCUGAUCACCCACGGCAGCUUGACGGGCGCCACGGCGACCACCAUGGCCACGGUGUUGUCGACGGGCUCCAUCCUGGCGUCGGGGACGGGCAUGAUGGGCGGCCAGCAGAUCCUGCACGUCAUCCACACCAUCCCGUCGGUCAACGUGCCCGGCGGCAUGGGCAUGGGCCACCUGCAGACCAUCCCCGUGGUGGUGCAGUCGCUGCCCGUCGUCUACACCGCCGUGCCCGCCGCCACCGCCAACGCGGCCGCAGCCGCUUCAGCCGGGGACAGCGGCGGCAACAAUGGCUUGGGCACCACCGCUACGGCCGCCAUCACCGUCCCGCUGAUCGGCAGUGACGGACGAUCGGAAGGCUCGGUCCGCAUCAAGCCAGGCUCCACCUCUCCAGUGGAAUUCCAGAGCGACAGCGAUGCCGAGAGCGGGACAGAGUCCGGAUCGGCCUCCUUCAGCACGCCGGGAUUGGACAUGAGCUCGGGCGUGGACAUAGACCUCCCUGCGGACCCUGACUCCCCUGACAUGAAGCGGAGGCGAGUGCACAUGUGUGACUACGACGGAUGCAACAAGGUCUACACCAAGAGCUCCCACCUCAAAGCCCACCGGCGGAUACACACAGGGGAGAAGCCCUAUCAGUGCACCUGGGAGGGCUGCACCUGGAGAUUCGCCCGCUCAGACGAGCUCACGCGGCACUUCCGCAAGCACACCGGCAUCAAGCCCUUCCGCUGCACCGACUGCGACCGCUCCUUCUCCCGCUCAGACCACCUGGCCCUUCACCGGCGGCGCCACGUCAUGAUGUGAACCUGGCGUUGCCCCCCCCCCCGCCACACAA